AACUUCACACAACUUUAAUCCUUACACAACACAAUUUUUCAUCAUCUGUUACACAUAUUAGCCGUAAUAAUCAAACAAAACAUCCAUCUAUGGCUGAUAAUGAAGCAAACGAUAGUGAUCAAAACGUGUUAAAAAAACACGCUGCUUUCUUUGAUCGUAACAAUGAUGGUGUGAUUUACCCUUGGGAAACUUUUCAAGGGUUUCGAGCAAUUGGGAGUGGUAUUUUGUUAUCCACAAUUGCUGCAGUUUACAUCAAUGUCAGUCUUAGCCGCAAAACUCGCCCCGGAAAAAGGUAUCCUAAUCUACUAUUCCCGAUCAACAUUCUAAACAUAACAAUGGGCAAACAUGGUAGUGACUCGGGGGUCUAUGAUAGUCAUGGAAGGUUUGUUCCUUCAAAGUUUGAGGAGAUAUUUCAAAAGUAUGCGAGGACAAAUCCAGAGGCUUUGACAGCAGACGAAUUGGAUGAAUUUCUCAAAGGAAAUCGAGAACCCAAAGAUUAUGGAGGAUGGAUUGCAGGUCUCACAGAAUGGAAGACAUUGUACUACUUGGCUAAGGACAAAAAUGGAUUAUUGGAAAAGGAUACCAUUAAAGCUGUUUAUGAUGGAAGUUUGUUUGAAAAAAUGGCAGCCGAAACGGCCAAGAAGAAACACAAAUGAACUCUAGAAUUGGCAUAUGUCGAAGAUGGUACAUUAGACUGCUCAAAACUGCUUAAAUGGUAUGGUUGUAGAUUUUAUUUUUUAAAGACACGAGCAUAAAGGGAAUUAUUGUGUGAUUUUAAGUGUAAACAGUCUUGAUUGUACGGUUGAAAUUUAUAGAUAAGUGCUAGGUUGAAUGGUUGACGUAACCAAGGUUUCGUUGACUCUAGUCAUCUUCAUUCGCUUUA